ACCGUCAAGUUUAAUUGGAGUUGACCGGCGCGCCAAAAACCGUUUCAUAUCACAUGUUGCGUUCGCGUCGUCGACAGCCCGACUUUAGCACCACUUCCUCGUGAUUCCCGCCGCGUCAAGCCAGGUCGCGCGAACCCCAGGUCGGCCGGUGCAGUGCACGUGCAGGUGAUGUGGGGCUUCCCGGAGGACGACUUCGCCGAGGGUAUACCUUGAUGCAUGGUCACCGCCGAGCGGCCCAUGGAGGGCGGCGCCCCUCGCCCCCGCGGCCCACCGCCCCCCCGGCGCAAGUUCAGCUUCCCGGCCGCCCUCACCGUGUCCACGGACCCCGGCGGCCCGGCGCAGUCCCUCACCAAGCGGCGCUUCAGCAACGUGGGCGACGCCGUCACCCGCAAGCUCUCCACCAUCGGCUGGAGGCGGCCGCCCGAGGAGGUGGUAGCCGUGGGGCGCGCUCUGUGCGCGCUGUACAUCCGCAGUCGGCUCAAGCGCGCGGGGCUGUUCAACCGUAAGCUGGGACUGACCAGAGUGCGGAGCACCGUGAGCGCCGUCCCCGGCGGCGGCGGCGUCAUGGUCAGGGACGUGUUCCCGGGUUUGUCGUGCGCGUGCAUGGAGCUGGAGCGGGCGCACCCGAGGCUCUACCUCAACAUCGCGCGCCAGACGGGGGUGGGCUCGGACGCCGGCGUCGGAGGGUUGCUGGCGGCGAUCGGGCACCAGCUGCUGCGGUGCGACCCCACGUGGGGCAAGGUGGUGGCCGUGUUCAGCGUGGCGGGCGGGCUCGCCGUUGACUGCGUGCGGCUGGGACACCCUGAGAACCUGCACGACUUGCUGGACGGGAUGGGGGAGCUGCUGGAGGACAGGAUGGCGAUGUGGGUGGCGGCUAAUGGAGGAUGGACUGGACUGAGCAAUCACUGCCGACCGGAGGACCAAGACAUCUCGUUCGUCGAAUACCUCGGAAUCUUCGCGCUCGUUCUGGCGAUUCUACUCACGGCGUACAUAAUCGUGAGGUUCUUCGUCAAGUUUAGCAUGUUAUAGCUUAUAUUAAGUAUACGUUAUAUUUAAACAUUACAUAAAUAAAUUAUCUUACAAAA